UCUUGUUGGGGCAUCUGCAGGCGCAGUCCAGACGUUGAGUUCCCUGUUGAGCCAUAGUGGAAGUUACCCAAUGCCGACGAUUGACGGAGCCACCACCGCACCGGCACUGGGUCCUUACUCCUAAACCACGUCGCCGUCACGGCACCACGCCUACACACUCCCAUCCCCGAUCAACUGCCCCCGGCCAACUGCUUAUAAACCCUUCGUCUCCCUCCUCCUCCAACUCCCUUCACCACCGCGCGCCGGACCAAGCUGCGCAGGGCGUGGUAAACCAUGGACCUGGACGACGAGAUGAUGCCCUACUCCCCCUCCGCCGACUCCUCGCCGUCCUCCUCCGACCUUGACACCGAGUCGACGGGGUCCUUCUUCCCGGACCGGAGCACGACGCUGGGGACGCUGAUGGGCGUGUCGGCGUUCGGCGGCGGGCAGCGAAGGUCGACGAGGGCGGCGCCGGGGGAGAUGGGCGAGGGGCCGACGCGGGCGGCGCCGGAGGAGGAGGGAGAGGGGAGGCGCGCGGGCGGGUGGCGGCGGCGGCGGAGACGGCGCCGGGGCGGGAGCUGGUGGCGGCUGUGCCGCGACGACACAGGCGGGCCGCCCACGAGGCUGGGCGAGUUCCUGGACAUGGAGCGGCAGCUCGCCGGCGCCGACUUCCUGUGCGACGGCGGCGGUGGACCACAGGUGCUGCCCGAGGCGGCAACCGUUGCGGCGACGGCGCUGUUCGAGGACGGGAGGGUGCGCCCGCCGCAGCAGCGGACUGCUCCGCCGGAGGAAAGGGGAAGAUGGCGCCUGCAGCGGUCAGGGGAGGCGUCGUCCGCGUCGUCAUCGCUUGCCAGGCUCCCGGUGCUGCUCACCGGCAUCUGCAGCGGCGGAGCGGGGUAGGACCGGACAGGCGCAUCGCAAUUUACACUCUGUCGAGGGACGUUUGCGUGAAAACGGACUGAAGAAAUCUUCUUUUCUUCUCCCCAUGGACUCCUUUCCCUGGCCGAUUCUUUUCUUCUUCGUUGAUUGUUGUGCUCGCUUUGGUCCCUCUGAGCCAAUAGUACAAAACUCGCUUGAUUCCUCUCUUUA